CGGACCUGCAGCCGCUGGGAAUAAUUGUUUGCGAGCUGCGAGUGACCUUUAAACAUUUUGAGGAACACAAUCGAGUGACUGGCACGAUUCUGCAAGGAACACCGAUUCACUCUGUCUGAUGGAAUGGCUGGAAUUCCCUCUCUGUCUGACUGAUAAGAUUAGAGUCUGAGGGCAGAUCGGGCACUGCUGGAAUGCUCGAGUCUCACUAGAGAACAUUUAUCACAAUGCACACUAUCUGUCUAAGGCACAGAGGCAAUUUGGGGGUCAUGAGAGAAGAGUCCAGCUGUGGUCACAACAACAGUCUGAUGGGAGAAGCAGAAUGUCAUCGUUUAUCGCCGGGUUCGUCUGUGGGCAGUCACGACCCCCGUUCGGCAGACUGCAGCUCGCUGUCGGGCGCUGAAUAUUCUGAGGACGGCCGUCCGGUCAGCACAGUGUCCACGGUUUCCUCCAGCUCUUCUGUCGAGGGCAACAGCAUCCCGUGCCGGAGCUCGCCGACAGCGCCGUCGCCAAGCACACAAGCGGGUAUCAACCUGGAGCUCAGCCCACCAGAGGGUCCUUUAGAUCCUCCAGAACUGCUCGGGUUUGAUUGGCCCGUAAUUACAGUACCAAAACACUGCGAGGACGCCCCGUCACCAUUUGCCAUGGUCACCAUGGCGCCUAACCCUCAGCUUACCUAUGUGGACCGUGUCGUCAUGGAGAUUAUAGAGACGGAGCGGAUGUACGUCAGGGAUUUAAGCAGCAUCGUAGAGGACUAUCUCGUACACAUCAUUGACAGCAGGGAUCUACCAAUCAAACCAGAGCAAGUUUGUUCCCUGUUUGGAAAUAUUGAACAUAUUUAUGAGUUCAACAGUGAACUAUUGCAGUCUUUAGACAUGUGUGUCAAUGAUCCUGUGUCCGUUGCACGCUGCUUUGUGGACAAGAGUGACUAUUUUGACAUCUACACGCAGUACUGUACAAACUACCCUAAUUCAGUGGCGGUGCUGACAGACUGUUUGAGGAACAAAACUUUGGCAAAGUUCUUCAGGGAUCGUCAGGCGUCACUCAAGUGCUCUCUUCCGUUGGGUUCAUACCUACUCAAACCUGUUCAGAGGAUUCUUAAAUAUCACCUGCUUCUUCAGGAAAUUGCCAAACACUUUGACCCUGAGCAGGAGGGCUAUGAUGUGUUGAUAGAGGCCAUAGACACCAUGACAGGAGUCGCCUGGUACAUCAAUGACAUGAAGAGAAAACACGAACAUGCAGUGAGACUACAGGAGAUUCAGUCUCUGCUUCUGAACUGGAAGGGUCCAGAUUUGACCACAUUUGGUGAACUGGUUUUGGAGGGAACGUUCCACGUCCAUCGUGCCAAGAAUGAAAGAACACUCUUCCUGUUUGAUAAGAUGCUGCUCAUCACCAAAAAAAGAGGAGAACAUUACGUCUACAAGACUGAAAUCUCGUGUUCUGCACUAAUGCUGAUAGAAAGUGCCAAAGACUCGCUUCGAUUCAGUGUGACUCAUUACAAACACCCGAAACAACCGCACACAGUUCAGGCCAGAACUUUGGAGGAGAAGAAACUCUGGGCUCAUCACAUAAAGAGACUCAUUCUGGAGAAUCAUCACGCUGUUAUACCACAGAAAGCCAGAGAUGCGAUCUUGGACAUGGACUCUACGUGCCCAGUAAAGUACCGCUACAGUCCAGACCGGCUGAAGAAAGUCACGUCCUGUCGCAGUGACGAUUUCUCUGGAAGCGCCCUGACGGAGCGGAGACGAUCUGAACCAGCGAAGUGGAUCACACAAACCACUAAAGGCACUCUAAAGUUCAGUCGUACCCUUUCAGGUCCAGUUUUGCACAUUCAUUCUCACCACACAACUUCCUGUGAUUUAACGCUCCAGCACGCAGACAGCGAAGGCACUCUCUUAGUGGACAAAGAGCGACGUUCCAUGCCGUCUACCUCCAACAUCUCCGCCCUGAGUGCAAAUCCUGGUGACCUAAAGGCCGUCAUACCAGGAGAGGUGCAGAACGGACUAGAAGAUCUUGAAUCUAGCACGAGCUCGCUGGAUGACCUCAUGCAAAAGAGACUUCAUGAAGAUGAGGAACAGAGAGUGAAGAAUACGGAGGACCGAAAGGAAGGAUAUAAAACAGAAGAGGAAGUUCUGAUGGGGCUUGAUCAGGUAGCUGACUUUGCGAGUUCAGUGUUGGCCGCCAUCACCUGCUGGCAGUAUAGAGCCAGAGCUUUGCUUUCUGAUCAGAUCACAACGAGCUCUGCUGGGGUAAACAGUUCACAGAGUGUCUCUGCUCCAGGAUUGGACCAAUCAUCUAAUUAUCUAGAGAAAUGUGGGACAAUAACUUCUAGAUGCCACACAGAACCAGAGAUAGUGGACCUCCAUAAUGGAGGAAGAGAAAAUGAAGAGAAUAUUGAGGACAGUGUGUGUUUCUCAGCCCAUAUUGGACUAGAACUACAAGUAAGAGAAGAGGAAGAGAAGACUCCAUCCAUCAAGGACCUCCUAGAAGAUACAGUAGACAUGGAGGUAGACAAGAAAGUUCCAUUACCUGGUGGCCUCUUGUCUUCAUCCGAGCUGGACAAUGCAUGUGAAAUCUCAGAUCACUUUACUUGUAGCCUCUCACGAAAGAGCAGUCUAGGAGCAGAUAGGUCAUUUGACUUUGGCUGCCCAUCUUCUCGGUCUGAAAGUAGAAGGAGCAGUUUUCUCAGCUGUAGCACAGAGCCACAUGAGAAUGACAAAGCCCAAGAUCUUAGGUCAUCUCCAGACCCAUCAACAGAGACCGUUCCUGACAGCCCGUUCAAACAAGAUAAAAGACCUCAAAGGAAGCCAGAUACCCUCUCCAAAAAAGACAGAAUGCUCAUCCAUAAGAUUAGACUGUAUUACGAACACGCAGAGCACCAGGACGCCAGCUUUGCCGUUAAUCGCAGAGAAAGCCUCUCGUACAUUCCUGCAGGCCUAGUCCGCAAUCUGAGUCAACAGCUCAAUGACCUUACGCCAGAUGAAGAUGUGGUUUUACAAAGGAGGGCAUCUGUGAUCACACGGCCAACUUCAUGGGAUGUUUUUAAUUUGCCAGGCUUGGACAUUGAAACAAAGUCCAAAGUCAGCAGCUCCAAGUUUCAAGCUGAGAAAGGAGAUGAAGUGCUUCAUAAACGUGAGGAAUUCCAGCCCACAACUAAUAUGGUUAAGGUGUGGCAAGACCUGGAGGUGGAGAUAAUUGGGGCUUCAGAAGAACCUCAGAACUCUCUCGAAACCACAGAGAAUACCCAAAUAUCUACACCUGAUCAGGAGAAGAAAGCAGAAACCAGCAAAUCGAGCUCUGAUAGUGGACUCGGAGAACCUCUGCUAAUAUUGGAAGAGUCUGAUGUAAGCUCUACCCCCUCUACUCCUUCCUCAAUCCACAACAACUUAGAAAAUGACAAGAGGCAAAAGUUUGAGACCUUUCCAAACCAGGAUCACAAGUUCCAAGAGCGCCACAAAGUCAACCAUGCUCCUCUACCCAAAAUAAUCUCUUUGAGGUCUGCCAUUGAAGAAGACCUCAUCCUGCAAGAAAUGGACAAGAUGAAAAAUAAAGUGUUCCAGUUGGCCAGACAGUACAGUCAGCGUAUCAAAAACAACAGACCUGUAGUAAGACAAAGGCCCAAAGUCUCAGAAAGCCAUUUCACACCCAAGAACUUUUCCUCUGUUAUGGAGGAAAUACCUCAUGGAAAAGACAAAGGAAUCCCUAACAGGAUACUUUCGCUGGCCUUGAAUGAACAGGACAUUGUGCAGGACUCUAAGACUUCUAGUACAUCUUCCAGGAUAUGCUCUCCUGGAAGUCCUCAGUUGCCGUACUUCUGCAGAGAAAACAUCCUGAGACCUCAAAGCCCAGUACACACUAUGAGCUUCCACUGGCCAGAUGUCAAGGAGUUGCGCUCCAAAUAUAACAACCCAGAGACUGUACUCGCUCCUUCCCGUUCCUUGCCAGUCAACCGUAGCAGCUCUUUUCCAGAGAGGAACAAUGACCAUGGACUGGCGAGGUCCAGAGCUUCAGGUAUCUUGUCAUGUUCAUCCCCCUUUUGCGAAGUCACAGUCCAUAGAACCACAACCACAGAUUCCACAACGUCUUCUUGCAAGACCCUUGUAGAUUAAGGUGUACCUUCACUUUAUAGAGUUAACUCUCUUGAACGAGUUCGGGGGGCACCACACACACAUGCACAACCGAACAGGUGCCAUGACCCUGGUCAAGCUGCCCUUCCCAAUGAUAACAACUUCAUUAUUGUUGAAAGGGUAUGUAGGACCAAGCAAGAAAAGGGUGGUCUUGCAACAGGAAGAGAAGAUGAUGAGAAUCAACUAAGAUCAGAUGUCGUUUUGCAAUCUGAAUUUGCAGUGAUGGACAGCAAAGCGCAUGACUUGAAGUUCAGUGCUUGGGUUGACGAAGGUCUUCGCUGUUUGUUUGAAAAACCAGAGAAUGGACAACACCGUUUGGACAAAACCUGCGUGAGAAAUUUCAGAACCUGAGUUCUUAUGACACACAAUUGAAUAUUUUAUUGCAUUCAUUCAAAGCCUUAAUGGUUCAUGGAUGCCAUUCUGUGCUCUAAAAUAUAUGAUGUUUGGCCACGGUUUUAGAGGAAUACCAUGUGUUUAGUCUUAAGCUGGUGAGUAAGGUUGAACUUAUAAGAGUUCAAUGCACAGUGUCAAAGCAUUCAAAAGCAUUAAUGAUAGAAAAUGAUCCUGUGCAUGUUACAUAGUUACUUGGCACAGAAAACUUGUUCACAUUAUCACCAAAGUAAGAGCACUGCAAUAUGACAUGCAAUCUGUUAGUUAUUGUGCAUAAAGCCGAGAGUUACUAGUGUAUUUUAAUAGGCACUGCCUGUUUGUAUUUGAGCACUGACCAGAGGAAAGAGGGUUAUCUCAUAAAGACGUCAUUCCACUCUAACAAGGAGGAAACUGGACAUAAUAAAUUGAUAAUCAAAUCAAACCUAAUCGAUGAAAAACUAAGGAGGAAGCUUGAUGUCAUUUCCCAUCUGGAAUGUUUCCAGCAGGGUGUGUACCAUUUUAAUGCCAUGAAUGUCUGUGGUCAAAUCGAAAUUCUGCUUUAUAAUCUUUACAUUGAAUUGUGCAGUCUCACAGUCGUAGUUACUGUUGCUGAUUUGUUUCAUGUUUAAAGGUCAAAUAUGAUUCUGCUCUUCUAUUUACAAAAAAGUUUUUGCAAAACACUCGAGGUUUUAAUGAUUUGAGCAACAUAUUAAUGGACAAUCCCAGAAUGUGCCCUUCACUGCGUUUGGGUAAAUAGUCUUUGAUAUUGGGAGAUAUUAUAAGCUAGCUUUGUUUUUUGUUGGGGUUUUUUCUGUUCAUUGGUAUGGGAGUAUCUCCACGUAAGAUGACACUGUAACCUUGUAUAUUUAUCCUUAUUUAUUUUAAACGGUGUAAAUAUUAUGCAUAAUUUGUAAAAACGGCUCACUUAUUUCAUUUCCUAUUUUUCUCUCUGAUUACAUUAAACAAAGCUUAUAACACUAA